ACGGAGCCUUUUCUCCACAGACGAGAGCUGAAGACUUUAACAGGACUCCAAAAACAGAAAGAAACUAAAUAGUAACUUUUUUAACAAACUUUUUCUCUCUAUUUAUUUAUUUUUUUAUUUAUAGCUGGACUCCGAUUCAACGUUUUCGCCUCUUUGGAACUUGAUUUCUUGUGCGAGAAUAAAGAAAAAAGGUGCACAUUCACACGUCUCUCUUCCCCGUCGACACUUUGCAAUGUUUCCAGAGGCAAACACAGGCUACAGCUACGAGGACUGUAAGGCCACAGCCGAUUGGCUGAUGGCCCAGACGGACGUCCGACCCACUGUGGGCAUCGUGUGCGGCUCGGGGCUCGGAGGGCUGGCUGACAUGCUGAAGGACCAGGUAGCCUUCAACUACAAAAACAUCCCCAACUUCCCACAGAGCACUGUGCACGGACACGCGGGUCGGCUGGUGUUCGGCACCUUGAAAGGGAGGCCGUGUGUUUGCAUGCAGGGGCGCUUCCACUUGUAUGAGGGAUACCCAAUCCAGAAGAUUACACUGCCCAUCCGCAUCUUCAAGCUGCUCGGGGUGGAGACGGUGAUGCUGACCAACGCCGCCGGAGGCCUGAAUCAGGACUUCAAAGAGGGAGACAUCAUGAUCAUCAAAGACCACCUCAACAUGCCGGGCUUCGCCGGCAACAAUCCGCUGUCCGGACCCAACGACGAGAGGUUCGGCGUGCGGUUCCCCUGCAUGUCCGACGCCUACGACCGGGAGCUGCAGCAGAUGGCCGCGGACGUGGGCCAGGAGCUCGGCUACGGAGACUUCCUGAGGGAGGGCGUCUACUGCGUGCUGGGCGGACCCUCGUUCGAGACCAUCGCCGAGUCCCGCAUGCUGCACAAACUGGGCGCCGACGCCGUCGGCAUGAGCACGGUGCACGAGGUGAUCAUCGCACGCCACUGCGGCAUGCGCGUCUUCGCCCUCUCGUUGAUCACCAACCAGGCGGUGAUGGACUACGACAGCGAGGAGAAGGCCAACCACGAGGAGGUCCUUCAGAUGGGCAAGCAGCGAGCGGAGCAGCUGGAGCGGCUGGUGUCCACCAUGGUGACCAAGAUCGAGCACAACAACAACUACGUCUAGCUACGUCAGGAGGCGGAGCUUAGGAGGACUUUAUGUACUGAAUGUGGUUUAUGUAUAUCGAACGCUGUCGUGGCCCCAGUUAGUUUAUUAUCAGGGCCGAAAGAUGAUGAUAUUAGAUUCUUCUUGAAUGAAAAGUGCUUCAUGUAUAAAAUGCGUUAUUAAUAUUAUUAUAAUAGAGCGGUCCUCCGAAAGAAUCUCACUUAAGAUUUACACAAGCGUUGUUUUCCGCUUCUUGUGACGUCUCACAUUCCUCUGCCGAAGAAAACGCGUUGUUUUUGUAUCAUUCUAAACAUUUUAUCAUUGUCCUAACUUAAAACUUGUGAUCGGAUUGUGUAAAUGUCGUCGAUUUUUAACUUAACAAUGAGCGAAAAAAGCUGUAAAGUUCUCAACGUUACGAUGCUGUUGAAGUGUGUACAUUAGUGGACUUAAUGUAUUUUGCUGUGCUUGCUUUUUUGUUACUAAAAAAAAAAAAAAAAAAAUAAAGUAUUAUUUAUUACUA